CAUGGCUCUUAGUUCGAAUGAUGCUUAUCAAUAUGCCGCUUCACCUUAUGAAUACGACUAUGAAGGCGAAGAAGAGGAGGAAAUGCCGGCCACUGAACGUGAGUUGGCUGAGGAUGCCCAGUGGAAGAUUAUACAGAAGAACACGUUCACUCGCUGGGCGAACGAACACUUGAAAACCGUCAAUAAGAAUGUCGUUGAUUUGGAAUACGAUUUUGCCGACGGUCUUCGUUUAAUCGCCCUUGUUGAAGUGCUAUCCGGAAAGAAAUUUAGCAAGUAUAAUCGUAGACCGAAUUUUAGAACUCAAAAGUUGGAGAAUGUUACAAUGUGCUUAAAAUUCUUGGAGGAGGAUGAAGGAAUAAGAAUUGUAAAUAUUGGUAUGUAGUUUUAAAAAAGUACGCUAUUAUCGCUCAAUUCAUGUUACAAAUUUUAAGUUGUGAGUUGAGCGUGGUUUUUAAACCUCAUAUACUGAACAGAUGUGAAAAUCGAUAAUUUAGUCGAUGCGUGACCAGUUUAUUAAUAUUUCAUACCAGCAAUUGAUAAAUUUUCGAGUGUAUUGUUUCGUGUGCGAUACGUAAAGAGUUAGACUAUCAAUUUCUUCGGGCAUAUAAAUCUCGGUGACCAUAAGAAUUGAAAAAAAUCGAUAACAUUGCAACAACAUUUUUCAUUUUAAACAUAUUUUGUAAUUUCCUUUAAUAGAACAGGUCAUUUAACAAGUUUUCACGUUUUAAGAAUGUUCUAAUAGUGCUCAAUGUUUGAUUAGUAUAUAUGGUAUACAAAAAAAAAAGAAAAGAAAGAAAACUAAUUAAUAGGAUAAAAAAAAAGUGGGGGAGAUAAAGGAAGUAGUCACUCAUCUAUAAGUUUUACCGAUUCUUUUCUUCUUAAUCAUAUUUUUAGAAUGUUUUUCUUUUUAAUCGAUUCGUUUGAAUCAUAGAGAAAUCAAACAAUUUAUAAAAAAAAACCGGUAUAUAUAAUAUAAAGAAUAAAUAUAGGAGCUAAACUCGCAACACUGCAUAAUUUUUUUUUUAAAGCUUUUCCCGCGUUUUUUCUUAUUCUUUCUUAGUAUAAAAUAUGAACGGCCUCUUUUUGUAAGAGAAAAAUGGAAAGAAUGUAGGAAGAGAAUGGGAGACAAGGAUAUAUUUAUGAUUGAAAAUGGCUAUAUAUUUAAGUUAAUUAUUUAAUUGUAUUAAUACAUACGUUUUAUACGCCUACAUCUACCACCCAUCGAU